UGUAUCAUAUUUUCACUAUACAUUAUUUUAAAUCGUUCGAAUUUCGCGGGAUAAUUGUGUUUACGUAGCGCGCCAACUAGCGGCUCUUUCUUCAGUCUUUCAGUUUAGGUAGCAAAUAAAACCCGCUAAAAUGGGUAAGAUUAUGAAACAAAACAAAGUCGUGUUGGUCCUUGGGGGCCGAUACGCCGGCAGGAAAGCCGUAAUCAUCAAAAACUUUGACGACGGCACCUCCGACAAACAAUACGGACACGCUCUUGUAGCUGGCAUUGACAGGUACCCAAGGAACAUCCACAAACGCAUGGGUAAAGGCAAAAUGCACAAAAGGUCCAAGAUCAAGCCUUUUGUCAAGGUUCUUAACUACAACCAUUUGUUGCCCACCCGUUACUUGGUAGAUUUGACCAGUGACUUGAAAGUGACAACAAAAGACUUGAAAGACCCCAUGAAGCGCAAGAAGAUCAGGUUCCAAACCAGAGUUAAAUUCGAAGAAAGAUACAAGGAAGGCAAGAACAAGUGGUUCUUCUCUAAACUAAGAUUCUAAGCUUUAGAAUAAUCUUUUUUUGUUAUUUAACAUGUUCACAUAUAAGACCUAAUAAAGUGUGAAUUGGA